AUGACAAAUAUUCUUAUAGGCGCAACAGGAAGUAUCGCUACUAUCAAGAUACCAUUACUAGUGAACUUUUUUCAAAAGUAUGCAGACAUCAGUGUCAAGGUUGUAUUGACAGAAUCAGCACAUUUUUUCGUCAAGGACAUGGAGAUAAACUGUCCAGUGUAUAGAGAACAGGAUGAAUGGAAUGAAUGGAAAAAGAUAUCUGAUCCCAUCUUGCAUAUCGAGCUGCGUAACUGGGCUGAUAUCAUGAUCCUUGCCCCUCUGGAUGCAAAUACGCUUGGAAAAUUAGCAAAUGGAUUAUGCGACAAUUUACUGACGUGUGUACUGCGUGCUUGGGAUGUCAAUAAACCUGUGGUCGCAUGUCCAGCCAUGAACACCAGCAUGUGGCAUCACCCCUUCACUGAAAAACACUUGGAAGUGCUGGAAAACGUAUUGAACUACAAGAUCAUUCAACCAAUCAGUAAAAAAUUGGCGUGUGGAGAUACAGGCAUUGGCGCCAUGGCAGAAUCACAGUAUAUAUCAGACUAUGUGCUAGAGAUGAUCAAUGGCAAAGGAUUAGCUGGUUUGACUGUAGAAGAUGUUAAUAAAUAA